CAGACUUUGAUUAUAGUUUCUAUGAGCGGGAUACAUUGAAUACGGUGAUAUGAUGGAGAAUUUUUAAUAUUCCCUUUUUAAGAAAAAUGUAGCGACACAUCAAAUGCAGCUAAGAAGCGGGUAAAACAAAUGUCUUCUAUUUGGCAUUUUCCAUCAAUUUUCAGUCACACUUGUCUUUGUCUGCAUUUUGCAAGUGAUUCUGGGAUGCGAUAACUACAAGGCGAACGCCUACCGAUAUUUUAACACUCACCGCCCACCGCACACCGCCCACCAGGCCUCCCGCCAUCAUCCUCACUUACUCACUUCAUUCAUCCUCAAUUCAAUACCAAUAUACCAUGUCAAUCAUUUCCGCUCCAAAUGCAGCCCAUUUUAUUUUCCCAUCCGCAAAAUCCUCACAAUUUCCACUCUCAAACCUUACAAAUUCAAUCUAUUUCUUCCCAAAAACCUCAAUCAAAGCUUCUUCCUCAUCUCAUGAUCUUAUAUCCUCGGACCUUCCACCAUCUUACAUUCCAAUUAUCACAGAUUCUUAUACGGCAUCGUCGGGUAUCGAGGUAGAUGCAGUUACAGAAGUGGAAUUGAAGGAGAAUGGGUUUAGAAGCACCAGACGAACCAAGCUUGUGUGUGCGAUUGGGCCUGCUUCUUGUGGGUUUGAUCAACUUGAGGCUCUUGCUGUUGGUGGGAUGAAUGUUGCUAGGAUUAAUAUGUGCCAUGGUACUAGAGAGUGGCAUAAAAGAGUUAUUGAAAGGGUGAGAAAGCUUAAUGAGGAAAAGGGUUAUGCUGUUGCUAUAAUGAUGGAUACUGAAGGUAGUGAGAUUCAUAUGGGUGAUCUUGGUGGUGAAUCUGUUGUCAAAGCCGAGGAUGGAGAAAUGUGGACUUUUACUGUCCGUGCUUUUGGUACCCCACGACCACAACGCACUAUUACAGUGAAUUAUGAUGGUUUUGCUGAGGAUAUCAGGGUUGGAGAUGAGCUUGUUAUAGAUGGCGGAAUGGUAAGGUUUGAGGUCAUUGAGAAAUUUGGUCCCGACGUCAAGUGUUUGUGUACAGAUCCAGGACUAUUGCUUCCACGAGCAAACCUGACAUUCUGGCGUGAUGGUAAAGUAGUGCGUGAACGUAAUUCCAUGCUUCCAACCAUUUCGGCCAAGGAUUGGUUGGACAUUGAUUUUGGAAUUGUGGAAGGUGUUGAUUUUAUUGCUGUAUCAUUUGUCAAAUCUGCCGAAGUGAUCAAUCACCUAAAAAGCUACAUCAAAGCUCGUUCUCGGGAUAGUGAUAUUGCUGUCAUCGCAAAGAUAGAAAGUAUAGAUUCACUAAAGAAUUUAGAGGACAUCAUUCAAGCAUCGGAUGGAGCUAUGGUUGCAAGGGGAGAUCUUGGUGCCCAAAUACCACUGGAGCAAGUUCCCUCGGUCCAAAACAAGAUAGUUCAACUUUGCAGACAUUUAAAUAAGCCUGUUAUAGUUGCUUCUCAGUUAUUGGAAUCAAUGAUAGAAUACCCUACACCUACUAGAGCUGAAGUAGCUGAUGUUUCUGAAGCUGUAAGACAAAGAGCUGAUGCGUUAAUGCUCUCUGGUGAGUCAGCCAUGGGCCAGUUCCCAGAAAAGGCAUUGGCUGUUUUGAGAAGUGUUAGCAUAAGGAUUGAAAAAUGGUCGAGGGAAGAGAAAAGCUAUGAAAUCAUGGAGCUGAAUGAAGUAGCAUCAUCCUUCUCUGAUUACAUCUCUGAAGAAAUUUGCAACUGUGCGGCAAGGAUGGCCAACAAUUUGGAGGUAGAUGCUAUUUUUGUGUACACAAAAUCGGGGCAUAUGGCAUCUCUCUUAUCACGUUGCCGACCUGACUGCCCAAUAUUCGCCUUCACGACAGAACCAUCAAUAAGGCGUCGGCUUAACCUGCAAUGGGGUAUAAUACCAUUUCGGUUGAGCUUCUCUGAUGAUAUGGAGAGCAAUCUAAAUAAAACAUUUUCUUUGCUCAAGGCCAGGGGUAUGAUUAAAACAGGCGACCUCGUUAUUGCUGUUUCGGAUAUGCUCCAGUCCAUCCAAGUUAUGAGUGUACCAUGAACUGAUGAACCACAGUUUUUUGACUUAAAUAUGAACAUGAGGAAAUGGUAUUCUCAUACGCUGCGUCACAAGAUUGAACUUAUCGUCUAAGUGAAGCGAGCUGGUAUUUGAGCUUUGUAAUUCAAUAAUGUAGUAUCUAAUCAGUACGUAGUUUCAUAGUCGCCUCCAUAAUGCUGUAAUUUAUUAACUCAUCGGUUUUUAAACGUUUGUAAUAAAGAAAAUAACUCGUCGGUUUUUGACUGUUUUGGGUUGUUUUUUAGUUUUCUCUCAUGAGUAGAGAGUGAUGACAAUAUCCAUUUGAUGGUGGAAAGAUAGAUAAACGCGCAAGCUAACCAGGGGUGAACAUUGGUGGGCUGAAUAUUCAUCUCUACAUGUGCAUUGAAUCAAUUCGAUUAUUAUUGUUUGACGUCAUAUUUACACAAUUCUAUAUUAUAAGAAUUUC